AUGAAUUCGAGCUUCAUGGCCGCUCUCGUCGACGAAGUAUCCGGCCGUAUGAAAAUACGUGCCGCACACUUGGACAGUGUCAUAAAAAUUGUGCUACUGGAUGCAAGAGAAGCAACCACUCUGGCCCACGUGGAGAGAGCGUUGCUGAGGGAAUUCAACCAAGGCCUGUACGGUUAUUUUCUUUUGUCCCAGAGCCAGCUUCAAUUCCGAGCCCCCCGUGCCUUCAAGGCAACCGCUUCCAUCACUUUAGUCCCAUGGGACCAGAUUGAUGUCACAGCUAAGCUGAGCGAGCAGGUGAUGAUGGACAUGGUGGAACUGGACAAGCUCCCCAACAGCAAGCCCCCCAGGAUCACACGGGGUUGGCAACUUUCCGCCGAGGACUUGGUUCGCCAGUAUCGUGAUCAGGCGGGUGGAAGGAUGGAGGAUGAGGAGGAAGGGGGUGAGGAGGAAGAGGAGGAGGAUGAUAAGGGGGUUGUUGGGUGUCUGAAGAAGAGUUUGGUUGGCUUCUUAGAAUACCUUGUCGGCGUGGUGCCUUUGAAAGAUACGUUUAUUCUCUCCUUUGCAGGCGCUCUUUUCCUUGUCUGGGCCUUUGUAACUAGGAGAAGGUAAACUGAA